AUGGAAGUUUUGUGCAUCUGUGGACAAUGGAUCUCAAAAGAAUAUCUCCAGUGGGAGUUUCUUGUUGAUUUGAAGAGGAAUGCAUCAAUUAUUUCCAUAGAAGAAGAUCUACUGUAUGAAGAUUUGAUGAAGAUUGUCUCUGAAGAUUUUAGUGUUAAAGAGGAAGAAAUCAGUUUGAGUUAUGGUGUUUCUACAGUUCCUCUGAAUGCUCUUCCGGAUUUUAGUCCUGUCCAUAUUGGACUUUUGCAGGUUAGUAUUGAUCCAGCUAGCUGUAACACUCAAGCUUCUGAUACAUUUGCUUCUCCUGUUCCAUUGAAUGUCAAUCCAAUGAUUCUUUCUACUGUGCAGAGAGAAAAACAGAGUCUUCUAUAUGAAGGUGUUUCUGCAGUUCCUCUGAAUGCUCUUCCGGAUUUUAGCCCUGUCCAUAUUGGACUUUCACCAACCACGAGAGGAGCUGGCGAUAUUAAGGUGAAUAGCUAUUUUAAGACAAAGAGAGAGUUGAUGUUGAGGAUGAAGAAAUGGGCUUUAGAGUGGAAGUUUGAGUACAAGACUGUCUCUUCUAACAAGUCAAGAGUGCUUUUGAGCUGUGUUGAUGAAAAUUGCACGUGGAGGAUGCGUGCUAUCAAGCUACCUCUUUCAGAUUUUUUCGUUGUUGAAAAGUAUGUUCAUGAGCAUACAUGCGAUACAACACACAGGAAAGCCAACCACAGACAAGCAUCUGCAAAGUUGUUGGGUUCUUUGAUUUGCAGCAAUUAUGGAGAAAAAAAGGAAGGUCUCAAACCGAAACAGAUCAUUGAACAGGUCAGGAUGCUGCAUGGUGUUCACAUCAAUUACAAACAAGCUUGGAGAGUGAGAGAAGAAGCUCAGAUUUUGGUUAGAGGGACUCCUGAAGACAGCUAUUACAAUUUGUCUAGGUGGUUGUAUAAAAUCACAGAAACAAACCCUGAUUCCUUGACUUAUCAACAUGUGGAUGCUACAGGAAAGUUCAAGUAUGCAUUUGUGGCUUUUGGUCCUUCGAUAAGGGGAUUCUCAUUGAUGAGGAGAGUUAUUGCAGUAGAUGGUACAUUUCUGAAGGGAAAAUUCAAUGGGACUUUAUUGGCAGCUUGUGCUCAAGAUGGGAAUUAUCAUCAAUAUCCUCUCGCCUUUGCAGUGGUUGACGCGGAAAAUGGCGCCUCUUGGAAAUGGUUCUUUAGAGGUUUGAGCCAGAAGAUCCCAGACGCUUCGGAUCUUGUUUUUGUAUCAGACAGGGCUAACUCCAUUUCUUCAGCGUUGGAGGAUGUAUAUCCCUUAUCUCACCAUGGAAUUUGCAGGAUCCAUCUGCUCCGCAACAUCACUCCUACAUAUGCGAAGACUGGGUUGCUACCUCUGGUGGAAAGCGCUGCUGAUGCCUAUACGUGUCACGAGUUUUGGUUAAUCUUCAAUGACAUAAAGGAUAAAUGUCCUGAAUUGGCUAAGUAUCUGGAAGAUUCUGAUUUUAGGAAGUGGGCACGAAGCUAUGCGCCUGCGAACAGGUAUAAUAUCAUGACUACCAACAUUGCAGAGUCUCUCAAUUCUAUGUUGAGGAUGCCUCGUGAGUUGCCCAUUAUCUCUCUCCUUGAAACUAUCAGAUUGACGAUGACCACUUGGUUUUUUGAGCGACGCGAAGCGGCUGUGAAACAUAAGCACCUGGUUACUCCAAAAGUUGUGCAGAAAUUGGUAUCUAGGUUAGGGGCCGCAAUGUUGUUGAAUGUGUAUCAAGUUGAUCGAAGCGAGUUUGAGGUGAAGAAUGAAACAAUGAAGUUUGUUGUUGACUUGGAGAAGCGGCAUUGCACAUGUAAUGUUUUCGACAUUGACAAGAUCCCCUGCAUCCAUGCCAUCGCUGCUGCUAAGCAUAUCAAGAGAGAUGAAAACCUUUUUGUUGAUGCUUCUCACUUGACAGAAACGUGGGCUAAAGCUUAUGCUGAAAGCAUACAUCCUGGUGGAGAGUUGUCAACGUCCACCUAUCCAGAGAAUAUUGAUGAACUGUCUUGCCCACCUCCAGCUACCAAAAAGAAAAGUGGACGCCCUCCUACAAAGAGAAAGAGAUCCGUUGGCGAGUUUGGGGUUCCUGGAUCUAAAUCUCAGUCCCACAAGUGCAGCAGAUGUGGCACAGGAGGGCACAACAAGAGCACAUGCGAGAGGCCUAUAGGAUGA